UGGUAUUCGAUAUUCUCAAGUCGAUAUGAUUCAAGAUGGCGAUAGGUCAUGUGUGAUUGUUGAGAUAAUCAAUUACAUUAAACUUAAAAUCUGCUUUUAUAGCUUUAAAGUAUUUAGUAUAGCACAGCCUGUUGUGCAAAGUAUUAUUGUAAAAUGGGGAAUGGCUUUAUUAAUUAUAUGUGCAAGAAAUUUUUUCAUCCGGCGUCUAGAGACAAUUUGAAAAGGGCCUGGAUGGCAGAGUCUUAUAGAAAGAAGCUAGAAGAAUUGCGAGUGCAAUAUGAAAAGGAACAAGAUUUGUAUACAAAUAAGGCAAUACUGAGUAAAGAAAGUAAGGAUAAGCUUUGUGUAAAUUUCAUUUAUGAGCCAUCACCUGGUACGAAGAAGGAACGAGAAAGAGAAGAUGAUGAAUCAGAAUAUAAAUUUGAAUGGCAGUGAAAAUUUAAUGCGCCAAGAGAGGAGAUAAGGAAUGCCCGAUGUAUAUAUUCAGGCAUCAAAUUCUGACCAGGCAGGUCCUUCAUUGGAUCCAUUGAUUCUUGUCCAACAAAUGAGAUAGGAUGGUCUUGCUAUGAAGAGGAGUGCUCUUAGUAUUCCACAGCAGAUGAGAUUCUCUAGAAAUGAGGUAAGAUAUGUAAUUAAAA